GAUUUGCUGACUCGAACUAUGACCCAUGAGUAUCGAGUUGCUGUGCUAUAUGUACUGUAGUUCAUAACCGGUUAACAGGCAAUUUCCUCUGUACAUAACAACGCUCGGAAGGCCGAAACUACAAGCAUCAACAUGACAGCCACGUUUGCAUUUCGAUUCAUUAGUGUAUUUUGUUGCCUGGUUUUUGCACAUGCAAACCCAGCUGAUGACGGCGUAGAAGCACUAGUUACCAAAAAAGUGUUCCUUGAUAUCUCCAUCGGAGGAGAAGACACGGGUAGAGUCGUUAUCGGCUUGUUUGGUAAAGUAGUUCCAAAAACAGUCGAAAACUUUGCAACACUUGCAACGAAACGUGGAGUAAAGGAAGGCUAUAAGGGUAGUAAAUUUCAUCGAGUUAUCAAAGAUUUUAUGAUUCAAGGUGGCGAUUUCACCCAUGGAAAUGGAUUUGGCGGGAAAAGUAUAUACGGCGAAAAGUUUGCUGAUGAAAACUUCGACCUAAUGCAUUACGGGCCAGGAUGGGUUAGCAUGGCUAAUUCAGGCCCGAACUCCAAUGGUUCCCAGUUUUUCAUCACAACUGUUAAAACGUCUUGGCUAGACGGGAGGCACGUAGUAUUCGGGAAAGUUAUCGAUGGAAUGGACUUAGUCAAGAAAAUAGAAAAUAUCAAAACGGAUGCAGGCAAUAAGCCAUAUAAAGAUGUUAUUAUUGUUGAUUGUGGUUUGUCGGAAGAGGAAGGGUCAUUCGUCGUAGAGAAAUCUUAAGUUUAGGCAGCUUUGCCUAAAUAUGGUCAUCACAUCACAUGAUGUCCAUACCCACAUCAUGACUAUAUAUGGGCAUACAACAUUUUUUUUUUUAGAAAUUUGAUAAUCCUGAAAAAGCUUUGAACAUAGGUGUAUUUUCUAAACAAACACGCAUAUGAAUUAUAAUGUAAAAAGGUUAAUAAUCGGGUCAUUAAUAUUUAAUUUUAGGUGUAUUGAACAUGUUUGGCUAAGCCUAUUUUUAUGGUG